AUGCGCACUUCGGCGGCGGGGCGCCAGAUAUCCCAUGGCCGACGGGACAACCGACGCCGGCGCCCCGGAUCGGACCGAGUCGGACGAAGGAACAGAGAGACAUUGAACACCUCGUCAUCGUCGGAGGAACUAGACGACUUCAAGCCUCGCGAUCUUGGUUAUUUCGACCCACGCGACGACCGCCCGUUCUCAGAAGUAUUAGACAAGCAGCGGGUUUACCACAACGUCUCGGCCUUCAUUAACGCUGCGAAGGUCACAAGCGCUAACUACACAAGGAGAUCCUUUGCUAAGCGUUUCUGGCAAUGUCUGCUAGGAGACGCGAUAGUCUGGUACAACAACGAACUAGAUGAGAAAACCCGCGCACGCCUCCGACGCAGUCGUCACCUCGACGAAUGGUAUACAUUGCUCUCGGAGAAAUUCGCAGUCAAUUACGGCGACGCGGUCAAGAAUUUCCAGAAGCUCAAAUAUACCUUGUGGGACGUAUACGAGAGGCACGAUUCCGCCGACUUCUUGCAAAAGGUCGCUUUAUUGGGGCAGGGACCUUCGCAGCGUUAA